CUAAUAACUUCACUAUAGUACUAUUUAUAAAAACCUUUACUAAAUCAAGUUGAUACAAAACUACUUGAUAACCAUCAACAAAAUUAUCAUAGUAUGACUUUCCAAUAAAAUUCCCACCAAAAAUGGAAGAUCAAGAAAGAGAAAAUAAUAAUAAUAAUCAUCUUCUCUCAUCAAAAACAACACAAAAGUAUAUCCUACACUAUGAAGAUAGUGAAUUGAAGAAUUUAAGAGUAUUUCUGACUUGGGCUUGUGUUGAUCAAUCAAAUCCUUGGAAAACAAGUCUUUCUUGGUCUGUUUUCUUCUUAUUUUGUAUUGGAGUUCCAGUUGUUGCUCAUUUUGUGCUUUUUUGUUCAAGUUGUGAAGAUGAAGAUCAUCUUCAACCUUUUGAUUCCAUUGUUGAGCUUUCUCUUUCUGCAAUUUCUAUUCUUUCUUUUCUUAGCCUUACCAAAUUUGCCAAAAAAUAUGGUCUUAAAAGAUUUCUUUUCCUUGAUAAACUUUGUGAAGAAAGUGAAAGAGUUCGACAAGGGUACACCAUUCAACUUCAGAGAUCAAUCAAAAUAUUGUGCAUGUUUGUGCUACCUUGUUUCGUUGCUGAUACGGCCUAUAAAAUAUGGUGGUACGUCACUGGAGGACCCAAAAUCCCUCACUUUGGCAACCUAGUUGUGAGCCACACCGUUGCUUGCUUCUUGGAGCAAUGUUCUUGGCUAUAUCGAACUUCAAUAUUCUUUUUAGCUUGUGUACUUUAUCGUGUGAGCUGCUAUCUUCAGAUCCUUAGACUCGAGGAUUUUGCUCAAGUCUUUCAACUCGAAACUGAUGUUGCAUUGGUUUUAUUGGAGCAUCUUAGGGUCAGAAGGACUCUUAGGAUCAUCAGUCACCGAUUUCGAACUUUUCUUUUGUUCACCUUACUGCUGGUUACCGCUAGCCAGUUUGCUUCUUUACUUGUUACAACCAAGUCUGAUAGCAGUAUCGAUAUCUACACUGCUGGAGAACUCGCGCUUUGCUCCCUCACAUUGGUAACUGGAGUAUGCAUAUGCCUAAGAAGUGCGGCGAAAAUCACACAUAAGGCGCAAGCCAUUACCUCUUUGGCUGCUAAAUGGCAUGUUUGUGCCACGAUUGACUCUUUCGACGUUGUUGAGGGUGAAACUCAAAUCACAAGCUCAACCUCACCUCUUGCGUUCCCAUAUAGUGCACAUUCUGAGUCCGAUGACGAAGAAGGAGACGGUGAUGAUUAUCUCGAUAAUACGAAGAUGAUUCCUGUAUUUGCAAAUACUAUUUCUUACCAAAAGAGGCAGGCCUUAGUAACUUAUCUAGAGAAUAAUAGAGCUGGGAUCACUGUGUACGGGUUCAUGCUGGAUAGAUCAUACCUCCAUACUAUUUUUGGAGUUGAACUAUCCCUAGUACUUUGGCUACUCAGCAAAACAGUGGGUAUUUCUUGAUUCAGUUGAAACGCAGCGAAUUUUAUGUAGAAAGACACAAAAAACAGAGAUAUUUCUUGUAGUUGGUCUGAAUUAUCUCCUUGUAAAAUCCUUGUCCCAUUGCACUAUCAAAUAGUACAUAAUAUUUUUAUUUUUUUGAUACGAAAAUGGUACAUAAUAUUAGUCUAUAGAGUAUAUAUUUUUGAUUUUUUUUA